UAAAAACCAAACAAUGACAAGCAAGAGAAAAGGGAAUUGGAAAGUGGAAAGUGGAGGAAGAUAAGAAUUUAUGCAGUUCUUGUGUGACGAUAUCGGAAGAUGGAGCCGUGGGCGUCAAUCAAAGGGAUAAAAAUUUAUGAGAUAGAGUGGCGGCCCAAUUUCGAUCGAACGAUCGAAACACAUCUCUUACUAUCAAAAGCAUGUCUAAUCGAAUGGGCACAAUCACCAAAUACUGCAUGUGUUGGAAUUCAGCUAUCCAAAGGGUAGAGAGGAAUCAACCAAGUGACACGAAUCAAAUGGAUGUGGAGCAUAUGGCAGAACAACUAUAUUUAAGUGAGACCGAAGAAAAGGGUUGGAAUUUUGGUCAUUGUUGGUGGAUCUUGAAAAGAUGCAAAAAAUUUCAUAUCGUGAUAACAAUGCCGUCUUCAAAUCAAAGCCGC